AUGGGCACUCGGACCAACGAAGUCAUCGCUGUAGCCAUCGACUUCGGCACCACAUACUCUGCUGUCGCCUUUGCACAACUCAAUGUGGACAAUCUUACACCAGUCCAAAUUGGCGACUGGCCAGGCCAGGAUCCUGGAACCACCUGCUACGAAGUCCCCACUGUGGUGGUCUACCCCGACAACGGCGGCCCCUCACUUUGGGGGUUUGAAGCCGAGAACUCUACAGAUAAAUUGUACCCUAAGUUUCGGAUUUUCAAGCCCUUCAUAGAGCCGAGUUCUAUGAGCCGGUAUCGAACGCCGCGAAAUGUCACACUGAAAGAUGUUGUACAUGAUUAUAUUCAAGGCUUGUAUGACCACUUAAUAAGGCACAUCACAAAGAAGGGCAUCUAUUCGAAAAAUAAGACAAAGUUGAAUAUCCUAUUGACGGUUCCGGCGGCAUAUUCGGAUCAUACCGUGGAGAACUUUCGAAGGAUCGUGGAGACUACGGGAAUUGGAAAUCAUACUUUUGAGCUCAAUUUGACGGAGCCGGAGGCGGCAGCUCUUUACACUAUAGAUACAUUGGGUUUGAAACGGCCCGAUGGUAUUCCUAGUUGGAAGAAAAAUGACUGCUUUGUUGUUUGCGAUUCUGGUGGAGGAACCGUCGACGUCGCAUCGUAUAGUGUCCUAAAAUUAGACCCAAGGAUCCAGGUUUCACACACCGGCAUAAUAUCAGGAAAAUACUGCGGAUCUACAAUGAUUGAUAAAGGAUUCUGUGACUUUGUAAAGCAGUUAAUAGGUGAUAAGGCCUGGAGCGCUCUAAGGAACGAAUCAGAGGUUAUCAACAAGAGGUUUAUCGCGGAAAAGGUGCGUUUCGAAAAUAAUCCUAAUGAGGAAUAUUUCAACGUUUUCCUCGGAGAUAUUCCAUGUCCAGGAAAGAAAGGCCAACAUCUUCCUAUUUCUCGAAAACAAAUGCAAGAACUUUUUGCGAUAUCCUUGGAUGAAGUCAAAGAUCUGCUAGUUAAACACAUUAAGGGAUGCGAGGCCAGCGGUUACCGGGUGGACGCUAUUUUCCUGGUAGGCGGGCUCGGAUCUUCGCCCUAUACUAAACAAACGGUUGAACAAUACGCCAUGGAAAUCAACCCUCAAAUCCGAGUUUAUCAACCCCUCGAUGCAGGAGAAGCGGUAGUACGUGGAGCUCUUGUUAAGCAAAUUCAGAUGCUUAAGGAUCUUGAAGACCCUGUGCAGUCGCGGCUUAGCAGGAAGAAUUAUGGGCUAGUCACGAUGAAGCCUUUCAAUGAGAGAAAACAUUUUGCGUAUGAAAAAUGUGUGGAUCCGUUGACAGGGAAUAUUCUUGCAAAGGACCAAAUUGAGUGGUUCAUACGUAAAAAUGAUUCAUUCAGUGGGGGAAAUGAAAAAUGCAUUGAGAAGCUUUUUAAGAGGGACUUUUUUCCCUCAAAGGAUGGCUACCGUUGGAAGGAGGUCAUUGUUGAAUGUUCCCAUGACAACCCACCAUUCCGUGUUGAACCUGGGAUCAACCAAGUCUGUACACUGGUCGCUGACCUCAGCAACUGCCCAGUCCGCGAAUUUGAAAAGAACAAGAAAAAGAAGGGGGGGCCCUUCGCCUUCAUAUCGGCGAAAUAUUAUCAUGCUAGAGACGAGCCGAGGCCUGACCUGAUGACUGUUUUGUGGCCUGAUGAUGAUGAGGAGGAGGAGAAUGAUGACAGUACUCGAGUCACUAGCUAG